AUGGGAAUACCUGCAACAGCGACGCUCCAAGAAAUAAGCUCAAAUGGGAACUGGAACAUUCAAUCUCCUAGAAACGACAAUCAGGUUCUAGUGCAAACUUAUCUCUCUACACUGGUGCUCACUGAUACUGAAGACUCCUCUACUUGGACUGUUGAUGGUGUUGUGUGGGACAAGUACAAGACAGGGGUUAUCUAUGGUCUCCUUAAGCUUCGCAGUCAACCUGUUUCAUGGCAUGGAAUCGUCUGGACAAAUGGAGGAAUUCCAAAGCACAACUUUCUGGUUUGGCUCUUCACACUUAAUCGCUGUCCCACUAGAGAUAGACUUCUAAAUUAG